UUCACACUCACUUGAGAGCAAUGCCAAUGGUUCGACAGAGAAUGCCUGAAGACUCACUCUCAAAGUCCAUGAGUCGAUGUCAGUCAGAUUUCACAGUAGGUACAGGCAAAGCAGAAAAUAGGUAGGCAGCAAGGCCCUGGGGCGAUCAAUUUUGGUGCUUCUUCCUGCUCAGCCCUUCGUUGCUCGAAAAUUAGGAGCAGCAAUCAGUGGAAGUAGGAAUUUGGAUUAGGUGAUCCAAUCUAGGCAGGUAAUCAAAACCUCAGAUAAGGUCGUUUUUCAAUUAGGUAGGCCUGUGUUCUGCAUUUGCCAAACCUUUUGAUAAACACGGAGGAUCAUGGUCCGACUUACUGCAGACUUGAUAUUGCAGUCGCCCCAGUACUUCAAUGCAGUCAAGGAGCGGGAGCUUGAUCUUCGUGGAAGCAAAAUUGCUGUCGUGGAGAACCUCGGAGCCACUGAGGAUCAAUUUGACAGCAUCGACCUUUCGGAUAAUGAAAUAGUGAAACUGGAGGGCUUCCCUCUACUCCGGAGACUCAGCACGCUCCUAGCCAACAACAACCGAAUAGCAAGGCUCCAUGCAAAUCUCGGAGCUUCCCUUCCAAAACUGACGACGCUUGUCCUGACGACCAACAAGCUUGUCAACCUCCCCGACCUAGACCCGCUCGCCACCCUCCCAAAACUGCAAUUCCUGAGCCUUCUAGACAACGAGGUGACGAAAAAACCGCAGUACCGGUUGUACGUCAUCCACCGGUGUCCGGGCCUGCGGCUGCUCGACUUCAAAAAGAUCAAACAAAAGGAACGGCUUGAGGCGCAAAAAGCGUUUGGGGGGUCGGCAGAGGAGCAGGCCGAGGCGGCAAAGACGUUUGUGCCCGGGGAGGGCAUCGAGACCGAGGGGGCGGAGAAAACAGAGGAGCCGAAGAAAACGGGCCCCACGCCAGAACAGAUUACAGCUAUCAAGGCUGCAAUCGCCACUGCACAGACCCUGGAAGAGGUGACGCGUCUUGAAAAGGCCUUGCGAUCGGGCCAACUGCCUAGCGAUAUCUUGGUAGACGGUACAGGAGCCCAAGCCAAGGAAACGGAUCGUAUGGAAGAGGGGUAAUACUUUGGGGAAGUGUCGUCUGAAAUGACAAGUGGAGCGUUCGUCGUGGUCGGAACACAUGAAGGGCCUUGGCCUGCUUCGAAAACUGUGCAUUGAAGCAUACCACGACCGUAUCUUUGCUUUUGUAUCACUUCGGUGCAUUGCUUCAGCGCAUUCUGAUGACGACAGUGAGUGCUUUUUCAAAACUGUGCGCAGCGUAUGCCUUCAUAAGCAUUGGUCCCAUGCUAACGUCGUCAUCCCUGCCUCGAGCCUUUCUACCGCAAAGCGGACACUUGGUCUGCUGACUUAACGUUACUUGUGGAUGAGCCCAUGAAGGUCCAAAC